CUUUAAAAAGGAGCGGAUCGGGGCUUGGUUCACAUCAUUCCUUCGCUGCUGGUUGGUCUCUUCACACCUUCAGCAUGAGGUUGUUGGUCUCCGUCGUGACUCUGGUGUGCGUGGUGGGAGCAGCAAUUGCUCUCUACGUGCCUGAUGCCCAAGAUAAACGCAUCACUUCCUCCAAUGGCAGAGAUGGCAGCGGUGGCGGCACUAGACUAGAUAGUGGCGGAGGUGACGGCAGUCGAACCGGUGGCGGUGGCAGCGGUGGCGGCAGUGGAAGUGGUGGAGGUGGCAGCGGUGGCGGCAGUGGAACAGGUGGAGGUGGCAGCGGUGGGGGCAGUGGAAGCGGUGGAGGUGGCAGCGGUGGCGGCAGUGGAACUGGUGGCGGUGGCAGCGGUGGCGGCAGUGGAAGCGGAGGCACCGGUGGCGGAGGUGGCAGCGGUGGAGGCAGCGGCGGUGGAGGAAGCGGCGGUGGAGGUGGCAGCGGUGGCGGUGGAGGCAGCGGUGGCGGCAGUGGAAACGGUGGAGGUGGCAGCGGUGGAGGCAACGGUGGGGGCAACGGUGGAGGAGGUAACGGUGGGGGUAAUGGUAAUGGUUGCGGCAAUGGCAAUGGUGGGGGUAAUGGUAAUGGUUGCGGCAAUGGCAACGGUUUGGGUAAUUGUAAUGGUUGCUGCAAUGGCAACGGUUUGGGUAAUUGUAAUGGUUGCUGCAAUGGCAACGGUGGGGGUAAUGGUAAUGGUUGCUGCAAUGGCAACGGUGGGGUAAUGGUAAUGGUUGCUGCAAUGGCAACGGUGGGGGUUUUGUUUAUCCUAUAUAUCCCAGUCUUAUAUAUCCCCAUCCCUAACACUUGUUUAACUCUUCCCCCCUGCUCCCACUCUGUCUUCCCUGCUUGGCUCUUCUCAUUACAACUUUAUAUUAUAGUGGCCCAGUCCUAUAUAUCCCUAUCAGAGUGCCCAACACGAAACCACCUCUAACUAAUUGUGGAGCUGAAGUGAUAUCAUUAUUCAUAUUUUCCAAGGAAUGACCAACAACAGUGAUAACAACACUGAUAACAACAACACCGGUAACGCUGUUUACAGUGGCAACACUGGUAACAGCUGCACACCGGUAAUAUUGAUAACAGCACCAACUGCAUGCUGUUCCACACACACACACACACACACACACACACACAGACACACACAAAAGCACUAUCACGACAAUUGUGGUCCAGCAGUUGUGGUUAUUAAUCUACACAAAAAUAUGCACCGAGUAUUCACUGUAAUUUUCUGUUAUGUAUUCUAAACCAUGAAAAUAAAUGCUCUGCAAAUUG